UAUAGUAUUUUAUCUGGCGGUCACACUGACGACGCUGAAGAACUGCAAAAUUAUUAUUUAUUUACCUUGCGCGAGACUGAAGUAAAUUCCGCUGCAUAAAAGUGCGUCGAAGUGCUUAGAACGUAGUUAAAUUGUUGUUUAAUGUUAUUGCACAGAUUGGAGGCCCAAAGAAAAAGCUCGUCGCUGUGUCAAGACGAAUAAGUGUGCGUGCCUCAGUGUUGUGCCGUGUGUGCUUGUUGGUGUGACGCCUGAGAAAAAUCGAAGUUAUUGCAUUACGCAGCCCUUUAGAACCACUGAAACUGGCCAGCUGUCCGCCCCACAGCCCCGCCACUCCCACCCGCUGUACAUCGGCACUUGGAUCCUCAUUCGGAUGAAUGUUGGUUGAGACCACUGAUUGCGCCACAAAACGACACUAAGAGCAAUCCGCUACUCAGAUCGAAUCGAGUAGCGUUUGGAGCACCACACCAGCAUGGCCGAAGAUACCGAGUACAAGAAGCUGCCGGUGGAGGAACGGUGUGUCCACAAGCUAUGGAAGGCCCGUGUCGAUGGCUACGAGGAGGCAGCCAAGAUCUUCCGCGAACUAGACGACGAGAAGUCGCCGGAGUGGUCCAAGUUCGCUGGUCUCAUCAAAAAGAUGGUUGUGGACUCAAAUGCUUUAGCGCAGGAAAAGGGUCUGGAAGCUGCUCUCAUCUUUGUGGAGAACAGCGGCCUCGCUGGACGAACCGUUGGCGAUGUGAUGACCGGCAUCGUUCAGAAGUGCAUUGCCGCGCCCAAAACAAAGACCAAGGAGCUCUCCGUACAGGUGGCACUUAUGUACGUCGAGAUCGAGAAGCAGGAUGCCGUCGUCGAGGAGCUGGUCAAGGGCAUGGAGGCCAAGAACCCCAAGAUUGUGUCCGCCUGUGUGGCAGCCACCACUUUGGCCCUCCGCGAAUUCGGACACAAGGUGAUUGGCGUCAAGCCACUGAUUAAGAAGCUCGCCCCUCUAAUGUCAGACCGAGAUAAAGCAGUUCGAGAUGAGGGCAAGCAGUUGGCCGUGGAGAUCUACCGCUGGAUCGGAGCUGCCAUGAAGGCACAGAUCUCAACAUUACCACAGGUGACACUUAAGGAGCUGGAGGAUGAGUUCGACAAGCUCAAGGGCGAACGUGUGGAGCCCUCCAGAUAUCUCAAAUCUCAGCAAGAGAAGCAGGCUAAGAUUGCGGAUGCAGCAGCUAUCGAAGAUGCCUAUAAUGAAGAGGAUGGCGAGGCUGGAGUAGAGGAGAUCGACCCAAUGGAUCUCAUUGAUCCCGUAGACAUACUUUCAAAGAUGCCCAAGGACUUUUACGACAAGCUGGAGGAGAAAAAGUGGACACUCCGAAAGGAAUCUCUAGAGGCUCUGGAAAAGCUUCUAACCGACCAUCCGAAGCUGGAGAACGGCGAAUAUGGAACACUGGUCAGCGCCCUGAAGAAGGUUAUAACCAAGGACUCCAACGUAGUACUUGUGGCCAUGGCCGGCAAAUGCCUAGCCAUGUUGGCCAAAGGACUAGCAAAGCGGUUCUCCAACUACGCAUCGGCUUGUGUCCCGUCCUUGUUGGAGAAAUUCAAGGAGAAGAAACCCAAUGUUGUGACAGCUCUACGCGAGGCCAUCGAUGCCGUUUACUCCUCCACCUCACUGGAGUCCCAGCAAGAAUCCGUCGUGGAGUCACUAGCCAACAAAAAUCCUAGUGUUAAAUCCGAAACGGCACUGUUUUUGGCCCGUGCCCUGACCCGAACACAACCGACUGCGAUUAACAAGAAGUUGCUUAAGCUUUUGACCACCAGCCUGGUGAAGACGCUCAAUGAACCAGAUCCCACAGUUCGUGACAGCAGCGCCGAAGCUUUGGGCACCCUAAUGAAGCUGAUGGGAGAAAAGGCGGUGUCUCCGCUGCUUGCCGACGUUGAUCCACUCAAGAUGGCCAAGAUCAAAGAGUGUCACGACAAGGCGGAGAUCAAAAUAAAGGUGGCUGGUCCAAAGAAGGAGGCGCGACCAGCAUCAGCUCCGGCUGCAAAAGCCGCUGCUCCUGCUAAAACGGCUGGCAGUGUGGAGCCUAAGCCUGUGACCCGACCUGCGACCACAGGAGCACGCAAGGUCCUCAAAAAACCCACUGCUGGUGCUGCGGGAGGAGCUGCAACUGCCCCAGCUGCAGCCUCCAAAGCGAGUGGCAAAGCUCUUGCCACGGAACGCGAAUUAACACCCGAGGACUUGCAGGAGAAGGCUGAGGAGAUAUUGCCAGCCGAAAUACUUAACGGAUUAGUAGACUCCAACUGGAAAAAUCGUCUUGCCGCUGUGGAGCAGCUCCUGGGCGAAAUUACCGGCUUCGAUGCAAAACAGGCGGGCAUUUCACAAAUCCUGAUCCGCACAAUCAGCGGGCGCAAGCCCGGCCUCAAGGAAAUGAACUUCCAAGUACUCAAGUUCAAACUGGACAUUAUCCGCAGUGUGGCCGAAAAUUAUCCGCUGACCACGACAACCGUAGACUUAGUGAUCAAUGAGAUUACUGAGAAGCUGGCUGAUGCCAAGAAUGGAUCCGCAGCUGCGGAUGUUCUUUCCGCAUUUGCUGAAGCCACGAAACUAGAGUAUGUCGUGGGCAAAGUGCUCAACUUUGCCUUCGAGCAAAAGUCGCCCAAAGUUCAGUCAGAGUCCUUCAAUUGGGUGGGCAAAUCCAUCACAGAGUUCGGUUUCCAACUGCAGCCGAAGACUUUAAUCGAAGACGUGCGCAAAGGCGUGCAGAGCACAAAUCCAACGGUUCGUGCCGCUGCCAUUCAGCUUGUGGGUACCAUGUCCAUGUACAUGGGCAAUGCGCUCAUGAUGUUCUUCGACAGUGAGAAGCCCGCUCUGAAAUCGCAGAUCCAGGUGGAGUUUGACAAGAACGUCGGCGAGAAACCGCCAAAGCCUGUAAGGGGAGUCCUGCGAAACUCGGGCGGAGCAGCCAGCAGUUCCGCGGACAAUGAGGACGACGAUGGAGCUGCUGCAGAAGAGGAGCCCAUUAACAUGGCUGAUCUCUUGCCACGCGUCGACAUUUCGUCACAGAUUACGGAGGCCCUGUUGAAGGAGAUGUCGGACAAGGACUGGAAGACUCGCAACGAGGGAUUGACUAAGCUGCAGGUUAUCAUAUCGGAGGCCCGGCUCAUCAAACCUAGCAUUGGCGAUUUGGCUCCAGCUCUGGCGCACCGCCUGGUCGAUUCCAAUGCAAAGAUUGCCCAGACGACCUUGGCCAUCUGCGAACAGCUCGCCACAGCAAUGGGCGCUGGUUGUCGAAAUCAUGUGCGCACCCUGUUCCCUGGAUUCCUACACGCUUUGGGGGAUAACAAGAGUUUCGUGCGGGCCGCCGCACUUAACUGCAUCAACAGUUUCGGUGAGAAGGGCGGCUACAAGGAGUUUUUCGAAAGCGAAAUGAUAGCCGAUGCCCUCAAGGGCGGAUCUCCGGCCCUAAAGACCGAGCUUUGGGCCUGGCUGGCGGAUAAGCUGCCAGGUCUUCCCCCUAAGUCGAUUUCCAAGGAGGAUCUCCAUUCAAUGGUGCCGCACCUGUACGCUCACAUCUGUGAUCGUAAUGCGGAUGUGCGGAAGAACGCCAACGAGGCCGUGCUUGGCAUAAUGAUCCAUCUUGGAUUUGAAGCCAUGAACCGUGCCCUGGACAAGCAAAAACCUGCUUCCAAGAAGGACAUAUUUGCAGCUUUGGAGAAGGCACGCCCCAAUCUCCCGGUAAAACCGCUUCCCAAGGGCAAACAGCAGGCUCCAAUACCAGAGGAGCCUAAGGCAAAGACAGUACGAGGCGGUGGUGCCGGCGGAGCAGCUGGCGUCCAGAAAACUGCCUCUGCCCGGGCAGCCGGUGGUCAGGACAAGUUGCCGGCACCGACGCGCAAGAAGGACGAGGAUGUCGACACUUCGCCGCUGCUGACCGUUAACAACUCCAAGAACCAGCGACUGCUGGACGAACAGAAAAUGAAGGUACUCAAGUGGACCUUCGUAACGCCGCGAGAGGAGUUUACCGAGCUUCUUCGUGACCAGAUGAUGACGGCCAAUGUAAACAAGGCGCUAAUAGCCAACAUGUUUCACGACGAUUUUCGCUAUCACUUGAAAGUAAUCGAGCAACUGAGCGAAGAUCUUUCUGGAAACAGUAAGGCGCUAGUGUGCAAUCUGGACCUAAUACUCAAGUGGCUGACUCUGCGUUUCUAUGAUACGAACCCUUCUGUCUUGAUUAAGGGUCUUGAAUAUCUAGUGCAGGUCUUCCAGAUGCUUAUUGAUCAGGAAUACAUUCUGGCCGAGAACGAGGGCAGCUGCUUUGUGCCCCAUCUGCUUUUGAAGAUCGGAGACCCCAAGGAUGCCGUUCGCAAUGGCGUUCGUCGUGUGCUGCGGCAAGUUAUCCUGGUUUUCCCCUUCGUCAAGGUCUUUGCCUACGUAAUGGAAGGUCUCAAAUCAAAGAAUGCCCGCCAGCGUACCGAGUGCCUGGAUGAGCUUUCCUUCCUAAUUGAAACCUACGGCAUGAAUAUCUGCCCUCAGGCGUCGAUCCGCGAAAUUGCUCGCCAGAUUUCCGACCGAGAUAAUUCCGUGCGUAACGCAGCCCUCAACUGCAUCGUCCAGGUCUUCUUCUUGUCCGGCGAGAAGACAUAUAAGAUGAUUGGUAAUCUCAAUGAGAAGGACUUGUCCAUGCUGGACGAGCGCAUCAAGCGGGCCAAGAAGACUAAGAAGCCGACUCCUCCGGCCUCUGUCGACAUGCCCGCCAGUGGCAGGCCACCAACUCAGCGACAUGACAGCAUCGAGAUCGAAGACGCAGAGGUGGGCAACGGCUGCGACGAACUACCGCCACCGGAUGAGGAAGGUUUGCAGCGGGAGUUAAAUGCGCGUGGGCAGAGCAACCUGACGGAGCGGAGUGCCACGAAUGUGGUUGCCUACUUGAACUCCCUGACUCGACAGGCAACCUUCGAUCAGGCGCCUUCGUCGCAGCUGCUCCUUCUCCAGCAGCAAUUGGCUCAGCUGCAGCAGCAGGCCCAGCAACAGAAGCCCAGUGGUCCAUUUGGUCUGGACUUGCAGGUAAUAAGCGAGAUCGAAAAAGACUGGGUCCGGGUGGACCAAAUGGAACAGAAGCCGCUCCUGAAUGUGGACAUCUCUUCGUUGGACGAACCCAUUAAGGUGAGGCCCACGCGUGCGGGCGUUCACUAUCCGCAGGAAAAGUUCGAUCGCCUGAUUUCGCGCCAGCACUAUAUGCAGCAGAAUCUGACCACAUCACCGUCGUCCACCGGUGGCAUGACCAGCGGCAUCUCGCCCUAUCGUAGCCCCCUGCGUAUGCAGCACCAGCUGCCACCGCAGCAACUGGAGAACAAUAUACCAAAUUUGGCGGAUGUUCUUCCCAAGCACGACCCGCAGCUGGUCAAGGUGAUUAAGGGUGUGAGCAGCACGGACACGCUUAAGGCUCGUGCCUCCAUCAACGAGCUGGCCGCCAUUAUCGAUUCUCCUGAGAAGCAGGCUGUGCUGCGUGACUACGAGGAAAUCUUUAUCCAAAAUGUGCUGGCACAAUUUAAGAAUCUCUCACAGAUGCCAUCGGCUCAGUCCGUGGUUGUUUACCAGCCGUUAUUAUCUAUUCUUUAUACAUUUUUCCAUGCCAACAUUCUGGGCAAAACGCUGAGCGUGGCCUGCAUCAAAAAUCUCAUGUCGUCUCUGCUGAACUUAAUGGCCGAUCCGAAAUUGGCCGUGGGUGAUGAUAGUCAGUAUAACAAGGUUAUAAAUGGCAUAUGUCUCAAGGUGUUGGAUAAGGUCGAUUUUACGAAUUUAAAUUGUGCUUUGAUACGUCUGCUGCGCGAGACUUGUCCGGAGGCCAAGCUGCCCAAGUUUACAGAUCUGCUGAUGAAGUGCAUCUGGCGCAACGUAAAGAUGAUGGCAGAGCGUAGCAACGAGCUGAACUACGAUGCGGUUAUUCUUGAGGUGCAUGAGUUUAUGCUGGCCUUGCCAAGCACUUGGUGGCAAAACCGACCAUCGGACACUCCAAUGCGCACGGUCAAGACAAUUCUGCAUAACAUGGCCAAGCAUAAAGGCAAUGCCAUUCUGCAGCAUCUCAACCAGAUUCCAACACACUCAGAACUUCACACGUAUUUGAUACGCAUCCUCAAGAAUUUCCAAAAGGAGGGCACUGCUACAGGCGUUGGAGCAUCGCCGCAGAGAGCCAAGGAAAUCGCCUCAAAGCGUAUUUCCCAUCAAACACAUGACACAGUAUCGCAAAUCUUUAAGCUGAUCUCGGAUAGAGAUACCAAGCAGCAAGGUCUGCAGAAGCUUUACGAUUUCAAGCAACAAAAUCCUGAUAUCGACCUGAGUACCUUCCUUCAAGGCUCCAGUGCCACGUUCCACAAGUACAUUGAGGAGGGUCUGGCCGAGAUUGAACGCAACCAGAAUGCCGGCUCUACACAGGCGCCGGAUAAUCGCACGGCUGCUACUCGUUCUUAUCUCACAGAUGUCAACUACCAGAACACCGGGCACGACGCUGACUUCUGGAUGGACCGACUGCAGUAUCACCUGUCUGGCGGAGGCGUGGCCGGUAAACUGGCCUCCGCCCGAUCAGCAGAUGAUGGUUCCCACAUGCUGGACAACAAGGUUGUUGACGAGAAUCUCUGCCUGAACGGGAUGAACUCACAGAAGGCCUCGAUCAUAAAGCGAGAUAAGCGAGACAUGUCACCUAAUCGCUUGCAGCAUCUCCAGGCAAAGCUGGCCCAGAUUAAGAAGGAGAAUCAUGCCCAAUAAGCUGUGCGCUUCCUGUAGCUGACAAUCUUAAGCUAUAAACAGCGGCAGCUAGAAAUUAUAUAAAACAAAGACACUGAAACAAACACUGAACGAGCCAGUCCUCGUAAACUACAUGAAUCAUUUAUUAUUUAACAUAGUUGUAUGCUUACAAAUCGGCACAUAUAUAUAUUCACGGUAAUAAUGUGUAGCAACAGGAGCAGCAGCGAGUGUCGAAAGCAGGUUAACAACAGUAACAAUAAUUAACAGAUUACACUAUAACUACGUCUCCUCCAACUAUGUAUUGUACUUGUACUAAUAACAAUUGAUCGGUCUAUGUAUUAGCACUGAGUUGUGUUCCGUAUGCGAUUCAAUAAGAUUCGAUUGGCUAAGUUGAGAUAAAAGUGGCGACUGUGACUGAGACCGGGUUCCAUUAGACAGCUUGUUAGUUUUCGCCUACGCUAUUUUGUUUAAAUUAUCAGUAAAAGCAGUAGCAUGUUAAAGGUUUGAGUACACUUAAAAGGUCAUUGUUUUGCAUUGCGCGCCCACUAGGAUCGAUUCUUGUUAUUACGUCUGGUUAUGUUUUCUACACUCUCAACACGCCUCAAAUUGUUUCAAGCCAAGCGUUGGGCUCACGCGGUGCGCGCUAAAACUCUAAUUUAUACUCGUAUUAGCUAACCAUAGUUUUUACCAAUUAGCAGUUACCCCUUAACCAUUGUUUAGUUUAAGACCCAUUCAGUUUUACCCGCACACAAACAACCACACACAUACACACACUGAUUUCGAUGCCGAAAGCACGCAUUACACGCAGGAUAACACACGGUAGACACGCAGCGUAUUUUUGUAACAUCCUCAUGAACUAUAUGCGAAAAUAAAUGUUAUAUUUAUAAAUCAACUAA